AUGCAUUUAAUAUAUUUAAAAAUAUUAUUUUUCUCCUUACUUUUAGAUACAUUUAUAUCAUCACAUACAAACAUUCCUAGAACUAAUAAUGUUACUCCAAAAAAUGUUGCUAUAAAUAUAUCACCAGUAGGACCAAUUCCAGAUGUAAUAACACUUGAUUAUAUAAAAGGAAAUCUUGAACAAAUUCAACUAAUCAAGGAUAUAAUAAUCAAAGAAAAAUUAAAAAAACUCAAAGUAUUAAAAAAAAAAUGUAAAAAAAAUAAAAAGGAUAAAGAGUUAAAGAACGAAAUUGAAAAUUUAGAAAGAGAAAUAAUGGAUACAAGGAAAUUAUGUAAUAACUAUAUAAAAAAUGAAAUUAAAGAAAUUAAAUCAUUAAAAGAUCAAAUUAUAAAGGACAAAAUAGAAAAAGAUAGGUGGAAAAAAGAUUUGUUGAUUGAUUAUGAAUUGAAAAGACUCAUGUAUAAACCAGAUAUUGAACGAUUAAAACAGUUAUAUGAAGAAUAUAAAAAGGAAGAAUUAAGAGUUGCAAAAUUGAAAGAUAAUAUGUUUAAAAUAUAUCAAUUUAUUUUAUAUUUAAUACCUAAUACAAUAUACUAUACUAUUGAAUUUGUAAAUAAUAUUCCAGAAUUAGAGUUAUCACUUCCAAAGUUUCUUAAAAAAAAAAAAAAAACUAAAAGCAAAUCAUUUUUCGAAUUAUGGAGUUCCUUAUACGAAAUAUUGGAAGAAAAAGUACAUAAGUACCAAAUAGGAGGGUACGUAUUAGGAUUUGGAUUAUUAUCAGGAAUAGGAAAAUCAAUACACUCAAUUGUAGCAACUCCUACAGUUUGUAUUAAAUAUUAUGCUCUUGCUGCUAAUAUUGCUGCCUGUAAGACUAAAUUAGCCAGUAUUGCUGUGUCAUCAGCAAAUGUUGUUUCUAAUGUUUCAAGAGCUGCAACAUGCGAGGAAAAAUUACAACUUUUAAAUGCAGCUUGUACAGCAGCAACAACUUCUCCUGAUCCUGCAACAAAAAUAGUAGCCAUAAUAAUUAUUGUUAUACUUGUCAUAAUACUUUUAGUGUAUUUAUAUUAUGUAAUAAAAAAAUCAGGUAUUUUAGAAAAUGAACAUGUUCAAAAAGUAAUUGCUCCUAUUCAAACAUUUUUUGGUAAAUGUACAAAUAAAAUGAAACAUUCCUUUAAGGAUAUUAUCAAUUAUAAAAAACCAUCAAAACCAAAUAAAAAUAAAGGAAAAUUAAAGAAAUAG